CUACCCUCAAAGGAUGUAAGUGGUUUCUAAUUGAAACGUGUGUAAUGGAACUUUUGUUCUACCAUCAUGAGUUUCUAUUCAUGAGCAUACUCACUUCCCCUGCUGGGGAUUCCUCAGAGGAAGUGAAAUACGUCAUGGAUUUACCGUACUGACCGUUACGUUGACAGGUGCUUGAUCAGUGUUGGUGUUGAAAUACAGACUAUACAAAAGUAUUUUUCAUUUCAAGACUUCACCGGAUAACAAAACAGCCAAAAUGUCCGGACAAUUGUCGCAAACUAUCAAUCAAAUUGCUGAAAGUCUUAGUAUUACGGAGCGCAAGACUCUACUAUACUUAUCUGGAGUAGAAGACGUUGAUUUCGGCACGGCAGAUAUCAGAGACGUACUGAGUUGUGUGACGAACGUAGAGGACAUGGAUAUGUUUUUGAUGGAACUCAUGUUCAGGAUGAGACGUUUCGACAUAUUGAAGAAGAUUUUACGAUCCAGCAGGACAGAAGUUGAAGAAAUACUGAAAACUGUACAGUUCGUCUCAGACUACAGAGCGCUUAUGGCUGAUAUAAGUGACAAUAUUGGAACAGAGGAUUUGCGCUCCAUAGUAUUUUUACUCCACAGCUCCAUGUCAAGAGAACGACUCGAUGGCAUGCAGAGUUUCUUGGAUAUAGUUACUGAACUUGAGAAACAAGGUGAAGUGUCCAGUGAGAGUAUGGACUUAAUGGAGCAGUGUCUCAGGGGCAUUCACCGCAUGGAUCUGGUUAAAAAAAUCAACCAGUACAAGAAGAAAGUGGUAGAAACACAAGGAACGUCUGUGUCAAAUCACACAAGUGGUGUUCAGCUUCUGAAAAAGUCAAAACCAGAGUCUAUAAUUACCCCUGUGGUUUGCAAUGAAAAGGCGGAACUACCCAGACUUCACAAAAAAAACAAAAUGGCUGUUACCAAAACUGAAAGAAUAUACUAUCAGAAUUCAGUGGAUGUGUAUAGAAUGCAGACUCAGCCUCGAGGAGUGUGUCUGAUCAUUGACUGUGUGGGAAAUGAUGGAGACCGGCUUGAACAGACAUUCAAAUGUCUCCAUUUCGACGUGAUCUUGCGGAAGCUGCUGAGUGGGACAGACUGCCUGUCCACCCUGCGGGAGGUUGCUCAGCUCAGUCACCAUCACAGUGCAGAGGCAUUUGCCUGCUGUAUCAUCAGUCGGGGCUCGGAAAGUCACCUGCUGGGCACAGAGCCACGGGGCCCAGGGCUGAACCUGGAUGCAGUCAGGCACCUCUUUGAUUCCAAUGCCUGUCCAGGGCUGGCGGGUAAACCCAAGCUCUUUUUUGUCCAGAGCUACAGCGCCUUUGAGCCGGAGAGGUCGUCUGGAUACUCUGGCUCCUACAGUUACUGGGAUGAGUACCUUGAAACAGACGCGCCCGCCUUGGCCUACGGAGAGACAUCCAUCCCUACAUCCGCAGAUGUCUUCUGGAGCCACUGCUGGACACGAGAGACAGCGCUGACAGAGCAAAACCACCAGUCUGUGUAUCUGCAAGCUCUGCAAUCCUCACUUUUGAAUGGGCAAAGGAGAAAGAGGAAUCUCUUGGAUGUUCAUAUGGAGGUGAAUCAGAAGAUUUUUGAACACAAUGAAAGAAAUCCAGCAGGAACUUUCGGUAUUGAUCUUAGACACACACUCCGGAAAAUGCUAUUCCUGUCAUAAUUGCAUAUUGCGAGGGAAUUCUGGGCUGAAAACACAUUUAUAGCUGCAACAUGCGAACAAGAUUACCCAGUUUGAAGGCUAAUAACAUUAGUUGGUAUUAACUUUAGUUUACUUUGCACAAUCAUUUAAAAGCAGUUACAACAACAUGUUCCUAGUUGUACCAUUUUGGAUCUACCUCAUCAAUGAAUUAUUAAAUAUAUUUUGUGCUGUAGCAUAGGCUAUAUUUACUUAAUUCAUACAUACAUACACUUUCGGUUCAUUUAUGCACAUCUGUUGGAUUUAUGAAUAAAUUAAUGAAUGAAAUUGAAACC